AUGUUCAGUGGCCUAGAAAGGGCUGCCAGAGCCCUUGAGGAAAGCAAUCAACCACCCACACCGCUGUACAUAUAUGUUCGAACUGCAAAGAGGCAUACCGCGAGGUUCAGAACGCGCCCGACGCUUGUCAUUAUCACCCAGGUGAGUGGUGUCGUCAGUGACUGCCGCGAGAUACGACAAAGCACGCCGAUCACCAACACUUCGCGGCGUAAAGACACCAACGGCAGCGCCCGUGCUGCCCACAGAUGGGGAACGUGA